AGUAGGGCCCACAGUUACGUCUCUCCAAAGCCCUGGUGGAGCCCCGCGCGGCGCCGGGCCGGGGCAGGGCUCAACACGGAAGGUUGAAAAGAGGCGUGACCGUAAAGGGAACGGGCCGAAGAGCAGCUAAGAGUUAUGUUUUGUUUUGGUUUUUUUGGCCGCGCCGCGAGGCUUGCGAGAUCUUAGUUCCCAGACCAGGUACUGAUCCCUGGCCUCGGCAGUGAAAGCGCGGAGUCCUAACCCCUGGAUCACCAAGAAAUUCUUAAGGAGUCCUUUUAACCUCGUCGCCGUAGUCCUCAGGACCGAAUUCCUUGCAGAGUUUGGGGACAGCAGCGACCCCCAGCGGGCAGCCGGGCCGCAGAGGACAGUAUAUAGGAAAAGAAGGCGGCGGCGCGUCUAGGGGCCUCGGGGUAGGUGAGCUGGAGCCCUCUGCCCAUCGCGUGAAGCACAAAAUCCUACUGAAAACAGAUCUAAUUGGGGCUGCCCCAGUCCUCCUGGACCCCCUCCGGUCUUGUCUCACCUGCUUACCUAGCUUGACCAGCCCCACGGUCUUCGGAAUCGGCGCCAUCCCCGUCAACAGUGACCCGAAAGUGAAAGUCUGGCAUUCGACACCGGCCGAAGGGCAGAGUAGGACAGAGUAGGCAGCCAUCUUUGUUGGGGGCAGAAGCCUCCGCUUACGGAGCGCGAGAGAGUGCAUGACGGUCCCGGCGGCUCCCGGGCCAGAGAUGACGGCUCCGGGAAAGGGGCGGAGCCCCGGCUGCGGCAGGCGUUGAGCAGUACGGGGAGGUGGGAAUCGUUAGCUUCGUUCCGGACAAGCUGUCCCAUGGCCCAAGCGUCUCGCUCUGGUGGCCUUCUGCCUCCGCUGGCUACCGUGCCGCCGUUACGGGCGCAGCCCAGGGGCGCUGAGGAGAAGCAGUGGCGGAGAAAGCGGGCAGGCGCUCUCCGCCGGGACGUUCGUGGCUGGCUGCGGCUGCCGGCUGCCCGAAGCAUCCCCUGCCUGGACCCACGGCCCGGCGGAAGUCCGAGAGGGCAGCCGUGGUGGGCGGUGCCGGCGGACGCAGGAGAGCACCGUGAGGCUGGCGCUGUGGACUGGGGGCGGGAGCCGGCAGCUGGUGGCCCGACCCCUCCAGCGCUGCAGCGUCUUCGGGCGGUGUUGCUGCGGCUGCACCACGAGCGGCAGGAGCUCCUCCAAGCCCAGGACUGCGCCCGCCACCUACAGGCGACCGUGCGCCUCCUGAGGAUCCUGAGUCCCGGCGCUCCAUCCCCCGGCCACUUGCCUCAGCUGUGCCGCGACCUGCUGGCGCACCCUUCCGGAGGCGCGGUCCUGCGAAGCGGCCUUCAGGAGACACCCGAGUCGCUACCCCUGGCACGCUCCGUCGGACUAGCCGCCCAGCGCCUGGAUGCUACUAUGGAGAUGCAGCUUCGGGCUCUGGGCCAGGCGCCCGCCAGCCCGGGCCUAUCGUCCCAAAUCGCCGACCUGCUGCUGGCACUUCCCGCCUACCACCAGCUGCAAGGAAAAGCCUUGAGCUACGUUCCAGGGGCAGCGCGCCCUUAUCCCCCGGCCCGUGUGCUCCGCCUCCUGGCGGGGGAGCGGGGUUGCCAGGUGGCAGGUUGGCUGGAUGAGGCGCUCAGGGGAUCCGACUUGAGGGACCAGCUCCGCAGGCGGUGCCAAGAGGAGCGGGAGCUGCUGCCAGGGCUACUGGGCCUGAUGGGGGGCGUGACGGGUUCAGCCAGCAGUGGACUGGGGCUUGGAGGGGCGGGGGCCCUGUGGAGCCAGUACUGGACCAUGCUGUGGGCAGCCUGUGCUCAGAGUCUGGACCUAAGUCUAGGACCCUGGAGGGACCCCAGGGCAGCGGCACAACAGCUGAGUCAGGCACUGGGUCAGGCAUCACUGCCUCAGGAGUGUGAGAAGGAGCUGGCUUCUUUGUGUCACAACCUAAUUCAUCAGUCUCUUACCUGGAGCUGGGAUCAAGGCUUCUGCCAGGCCUUGGGAUCUGCUAGUGGAAAUCAGAGCAGCCUUCCCUCAUCCUCUCAAACCACUGAACUUUUGCAACAGCUCUUCCCUCCUCUCUUGGAUGCCCUUCGAGAACCCAGGUCAGGACUGCUCCUCUGCCGGCCUCCAGGUCCUGCCCCCCUUUCCCUGGGGCUCUGUACCCUGCAGACCACCUUGCUCUGGUUUUGGGGCAGAACUCAGCAGCAUCUGGCAGCGUGGGCCCCAGGUUCCUUCCUGCUCCUGAUCCAGAAGGAUUUACCUCCUCUAUUAUAUGAGGCAGAAGCUUUGUCCAGCCUGGCCUCAGAGGAAAGCUUGGCCCUGGAGGUGGAGCAGCAGCUGGGUCUGGAGAUCCAGAAGCUGACUGCACAGAUCCAGCUCCUGUCUGAAGAGUCACUAAGUCUCUUUUUUCAAGAAUGUCAUAAACGAGCCACACAGGACUUCGAACUCCACAUGCCACGGGGUCGGUACUGGCGGCAUCGUCUCUGUCCUGAACUUCCCAGUAUCCCUAGUGAGUAUGCUGGGUUGGUGGUCCGCAGGGUACUGGAGCCUGUGUUGCAAGGACUGCAAGGACUGCCACACCAAGCCCAGGCCCCUGCCCUCAGCCAGGCACUGACUGCCAUCCUGGGUGCCUGGCUUGACCACAUCCUCACCCACGGGAUCCGGUUCAGCCUGCAGGGGGCGCUGCAGCUCAGACAAGACUUUGGAGUGGUCAGGGAGUUGCUGGAGGAGGAGCAGUGGGGCCUGUCCCCAGAACUUCGCCAGACUCUGUUCACGCUCAGCAUCUUCCAGCGGCUGGACGGCGCCCUGCUGUGUCUGUUGCAGCAGCCCCUGCCCAAGACUCAAGUCCACAGGGGGCCUCCCUGUUGCUGUGCAUGUAAUGAGGUCCAGACCAUGGAAUUGCCCAGCAGCAGCCUCAACAGCCUGGAGAGCUUGGAGCCCCCUCUUCGACCUGGAGCACUCCCAGCCCAGACAGCUCAGCUGCUAAGCACACUGUGGGGAGAAGGACCUAGCCCUGAGGCUUACCUGGUAGGAAAUCAGCAGGCCUGGCUUGCCCUGAGGCAGCAUCAGCAUCCCCGCAGGCACUUACCUUUUCUUUCCUGCCUGAGCACCAGUUCUGAAUCCUAAGGACCCUAAUCAGAGCCCGUCAGAACUCCCUAUCUCUGUAUGAAAAAGCCGAGACAUUUAGAAAUGCAUAUUAAAGAAGCCUAAUUGGGA